AUGUUGACUGAUAAAACCCAUUCUUAUGAAAAUAAGGCUUAUGAUCAUAGUUACAUUGAGGAGCAUCAAUAAUAAUUCGAAAAAACCUCUUAGUUUUCAAAUAUUGAUGACAAUAGCACUAAUUACAAUGAUCAAGAAACUAAUGAAUAAAGUGUCAUUUUUAGUAAGGAUCCAGAAGUUCAAAAAUCUAUUUGUUUAUAGGAAAAUGAGAUUUAAAGAUUGUCCUAAGCAUAUGCUGAUAAAUAUUACUAUGAGAUGAAAUUUGAACAGUAUCAAAAUCUCUUGGCAUAAUAAUAAUGUUCUAUCUCUAAAUUAUUGAAUGAUAAGAAAGAACUCUAGGAAAAAUUAGAAAAAAUUAUUAUGAAGCACAGUUAUCAAGAAAAUCUUGAUUCCAUAUAAUAAACUCAUCAGUUAGAAUAAAAAUUAGAAGAGCUAUAAUUACAGAAUGAGAAUUUAACAUAAUAAAAUGAAUUGUAUAAUAAUCAAUUAGAUGAAACAAAGAGAUUAUUAUAAAAAUUGAAUAGAGAAUAAGAGUCAUUAUAAUAAUAAUUUUAAGAAUACAAACUAUAAGUUUUAAUUAAAGAAUAAGAAUAAUAAUCAUUGAUUGCUCAGUUAUAAAGUAAGAGUUUCUAAGAAUCAAAAUUAUCUAUCUAUUAAGAAUUACAACUUUAAAUGAAUGAAAUUAAGGAGCAAAAUAAUUAUUUAUUUGAUCAAUUAAGCAAGAAAGAAAAAGAAAUUGAGUAAAACUUUUAGAAAUAAUUGUCAAAUUUAGCAGAGUAGUUCGCUAAAGAAAAAUAAGAGUUAUAAGAAGAAUUUGAAUAAUAAUAAGAAAAUAAAGAUGAGAUAAUUCAUCAUUUAGAAAUUUAAGUAAAUGAUUUACAAAAUUAAGCAUAAUAAUUAUAUUCUGAAAAUCUGUAAUUACAAAAUCAACUAGAUUUAUUAGCAUAAAAUUAUUCAGAAGACUUUUAAUAACAAGCAAAUGCGUUGUCAGAAUAAGUGGCAGAGUAUAAAAUAAUAAUUAACAAUUUGGAAAACUAGAUAUUUGUGAUGAAUGCCGAGAUUUAAAGAAGAGGAAGAUCCAAUGGCAAAGAAAACGGCUAGAGAGUCUUAUAAGGACUUUAAAAAAUUAAUUAACAAAGACUAAGUACUGGAGAAAUGACAUUUUCAAAUAUCACUCCUAAUUCAAAAUCAUUUCAAUACUAGAAUUUAAAGAACUGA